CUCACAGAGUUGGGAGCUUCAUAAAUCGCUUCUUCACACCCCAGAUCCGUUUCUUGGUUCGGAUUAAUGCAGUUUAAAGGCACAAUUGGUGAUUAACUGUGGCUGAAAUCACAUGGAGGUGCUCCCGUGCUCACAUGACAGACUGAACCAUGGCAGGAGAGAUCAGUGAAGGCUCAGUUCCUGCCUAUUACAGGGAAGUGCAUGAGGCCAUCCGCUGUAGGACAGAUGAGAGAGUGCAGGUUGAGGUUUUUCAGCGGCUGCUCCAAAGGACCGAUCUCUCCAAGGUGGUCUUAAACCAGAUUGCUGAGCAUCUUGACUCCUCCGAUGGAUUCCUGAGCAAAUUAUCACUCUAUAAAGCACUCGCUUUGAUUGCUCUCGCUCAGCAGGGCAAGCAACCGAGUCCCAAACUCUUGGAGAACUGCAUACUAGAGUUACCGAAACCUCAGCUCGGGGAGCCGAGGGACCUGAGCACGCUGAGGAUGCAGCCGGCUCAGGACGACGUGCUGACAUUGUCGCAGACGCUGGACGAGCUUCUGGGGAAAGACACGGUCCAGGUGGAGCUCAUUCCUGAGAAGAAAGGCCUGUUCCUCAAACAUGUGGAGUACCAGGUCACCAGCCAGCGUUAUAAGAUAUCAGUUUACCGGCGUUAUAGCGACUUUGAUGUCUUCCACGAGGUUUUGCUUCAGAGAUUUGCCUACAGAGUCGUGCCAGCUUUGCCACCUAAAAGGAUGUUAAAAGGAGUCCUGACCUCGCUCUCCGAGCGGGAGUUCAUUGAGGGGAGGAGACGUGGCCUCGGCAGAUUUCUUAACUUGGUGGCUCGACAUCCUUUCUUCUCAGAGGAUGAGCUGGUCAAGACCUUCCUCACUUUCAGUGGCUCUGAUGUUCAGUCUAGGCUGCGUGACACUUGUAAGAAAACGGGUGACGAGUUCAUGAUUAACAGAAUCGCAACUCAGGCAAAGGAAUAUCUCCCAGCUGACAUUCAGGCUCAGUUUUCGACAAGCAGAGAGAUGAUUAGAAAUAUCCACAACAGCUUCCAGAGGCUGCGGGACAGAGCUGAGAAAAUGGUGGAGCGCUCUAAGGACAAUGCAUCUGAUCUCCUCAUGUUUGGCAAAGAGCUCAGUACACUGGGCUCAGAUGCCUCGCCUCUUCCCUCCUUGGCCUCUUCACAAAGCACCUGGGGGACCCUGCGCCAGUCGCUGAAGAGCCUUUCUGUGGAGUUUGCUGUGCUGUCUGACAAAGCUGCUCAGCAGGGCCGGCGAGAAGAAGAUGAUGUUGUGGAAAAAUUGAAUCUUUUCCUGGAUUUGCUGCAGUCGUACAGGGAUCUCUGUGAGCGGCAUGAGAAGGGCGUCCUCCAUGAGCACCAGAAAGCAUUGCACAAGUACAGUGUGAUGAAGAGGCAGAUGAUGAGUGCCACUGUGCAGCACAAAGAGCAGGCAUCUGUGGAGCAGCUGGAAUCGCGAAUUGUUCAGCAAGAAAAUGCCAUCCAGACCAUGGAGCUGCGUAACUACUUCUCCCUAUUCUGCCUUCAUCAAGAAACACAGCUUAUCUUCACUUACCUUCCGAUUACCUCGCACAUUCUCGGAUCUUUUGUUAACUCCCAGGUCCAAGGACACCGAGAGAUGGGGGAGGUGUGGAGUGAAUUGCAGCCAAAGCUUGGGUGUCUCUUCAGCGGUAACAAUGGACUGAAACACUCCAUCUGAAACCUAAAUGUACAUGAGAUGAAAAAGGAAAAACACAGCCACUGAGGAUUACAAACUACAAAAUAAUGCUAAAGGGGGGGAGCAGAGCUUUUUCAUUCAGUUUUGUUUUGUCUGAUCAUUGGCCAUAUCACCUGCAUGGAACAGCUGGCUCGUAAAACACUUUAUGCUCUGCUUCUGCGUAAAGUCCAGUUCACCAUUAACUUUUUAUAAUUAUUUGAACAUGUCAGGAAAAUCCUAUGAAGUGUUAUUUUACAACGGAUACAAGGCUGGUGCAUUAAUUUCUGCUUUAGUUAAAGCACCUGUAUGUGAUAUUUAAAUUUUCCACACUAAGAUGAAAUAAGUAGUAAAGGACAGAAAGGCUGACUUUAUUAAAGGGUGGGACUAUUAAAAACCUUAAUGUUCUUGCUUAAUAACAUUGAACCAGUAUAUUAUUUUAUUUUAUAAAUGUUAGUUCGUGGGGAUGUGUAUUGGCAUACUUUUCCUGCUUUUUGUUUUUUUUACAACAAGAGUUUUCGCUGCCUGAAGUAUUUGCAAGCGUCCCAGUUUUUAUUUUAUAAGCUAUUUCAAACAUCUGACCUUAAACUGUAGGAUAAUAUGAAGGGCAGAGGUGAGAUCUAUGAAAGGAUAAUGUCUGGCACUAGUGACAUAAUGUCAAUAAUAACACUAUAAGCUAUUGAUUUACUACCAAAGACAAAGCUGCCUAAAUACACUCCUUUGCUGUACAUAAAAGCAGGACUCCUGCAUCACCCCAAUUUAACAAUCAUCACUUUUAAUUUUUUUAAGAAGAUUUUUGCGCACAUCAGCCAACAGAUGUAUUAUUAUCCGGACAAAAAUGUCUGAAUUUUGCUGGAUUUUCUUCUCAUUCACUGUCUGACUUUGUACUUUUCUAAAAUUAUGUACAUUUUUGGUUUUUUGUACACACAUAUAACAGAGAAUAUACUUUACUCAAAUAUAUGUAACAAAGGUGCAAUUUGGGGUUCAUGUUAAAGAAGCUAUGUUCCAAAUUGCAAAUGAACUGGUUUAAACAUGUAUUUUAUGAAGAAACUCCCAUACAGUAUGAAACAAUUAUUUUAGUAAUCGCCUUAAUUUUGGAAACGUGCUGCACAGAAUAUGAAACCUAAUGAAUUCAGAACUGUAUAUACUGUAAAUAUUCCACUAAAGAGGUGCUUCCUG